GGCGUGUCAAGAGGGGAUAUUGCAAAGCCCAAAUGUAGAAUUGCUAUGUCGAACAGUGUGAGGACAGUAGAUUUCGCGUGAUGAGAGCCACUGUUGAAGCAAAACCUGGGCACGGUACAGGAAUGGGUCUCGAUAAGAGGAUCCCUUUUGUCGCAGCCCAGGCGAUUCUUCUUCUUUGCUUCACGGUUGCCAAGGAAAGAAGCAAGCAUCCAUCAUGUCACCGCCUGGAUGUGUGGCUUGGUUCGUGUAAUUGGAUAUUCGGGACAAUGGUGCUACUGCAGGGCGUUCAGAUUCAUAGGAGCAAUACUGCGUUGCCAGGUCGAAUUGAUAGAGCACUAGCCACGAUGCUUAAAUUCGUUACGGGCGUGAUGGGCUGUGUUGGACUCGUUGGCCUUGGACUGACAGCGAAUUCAAGCAAAUGCUCGACAGCGAGUCCUUUUUUAUGGUGGACGUCUUUUACAAUCGCGUGGCUGGUUUUACUCUGUUUGGUUCUACACGGCUGCGCGUGGCUCUCGCGCCGAAACCCAGCAACGCCAUCACAAAAGUUCGCGGGAGACACAGUCUAUCUCACCAUGGGGUGGACGGACGAGGAUCUUGAGUACAACUACGAUGGGAAUGUCAAUGUUGCUGGAGCGCCCAACGCGCUAUGAUAGAAGGAGGAGCACUGACCACAAAAUUCGUGGUUUCGUCAGCGGCAAAAGCAGUAAACUGAGCUUCAGUUUCUUAGCAACAUAGCUACGAAUCAGUUCACAUGUGGGCAUGCAAUCGAUAAGAUGCUUAUUUAAUGCAUCACACACUCAUAUUUGUUGUACCAGAAACAACGAAUCGUUGGCGCCUUGCCAUUCUUUACCACAUGCUGCAUUCACGUUAGUGUGGUAGCAGUUUACUUUAAUAUCUUCACAUAAUGGCCGUUGCCCCGUUAGUUUUUCAGCGCACACAUUGGCUUCCACAUCUCCAUGAAUGAUCGUAAACCUCUAUUCCGGCCGGCUGCCGAGCGCGAACUUCACAUUCAGGUCGAUGCAUCUACCAUACACCAUUCACCGAUGCUGCAGUUGCCAGUUACCCAGUCGGCCUAGCAGUGUGUGAUCGCAGUGCAGCAAUGUGUGUUUCGGAGGGCAGUGCGGCUGAGUCAAGCGAGAAUGUGCGAUUUUAGUCAUAGAAUAUAUGGCAACAAAAAUUACUUACGAUGUCGUCUAG